AGGGGCGGCGGCGGCCGGGACCAUGUCGGCCGGCGGCCGCGACGAGGAGCGGCGGAAGCUGGCCGACAUCAUCCACCACUGGAACGCCAACCGGCUGGACCUGUUCGAGAUCAGCCAGCCGACCGAGGAUCUGGAGUUCCAUGGAGUGAUGAGAUUUUAUUUUCAAGACAAAGCUGCUGGAAACUUCGCAACGAAGUGUAUCCGGGUCUCUAGCACGGCUACCACGCAGGAUGUGAUCGAGACGCUGGCGGAGAAGUUCCGACCUGACAUGCGGAUGCUGUCUUCUCCCAAGUACUCCCUGUACGAGGUGCACGUCAGCGGAGAAGAAAGAAGACUGGAUGUGGACGAGAAGCCGCUGGUCGUGCAGCUGAACUGGAACAAGGACGACCGCGAGGGCAGAUUCGUCCUGAAGAACGAGAACGACGCCGCCGCUCCGAAGAAGGCUCAGAGUAACGGACCUGAGAAGCAGGAGAAAGAAGGCGUCAUCCAGAAUUUCAAGAGAACGCUCUCGAAGAAAGAGAAGAAGGAAAAGAAGAAGAGAGAAAAAGAGGCCCUGAGACAGGCGUCCGACCGGGAGGACCGGCCUCUCCCCGGGAUGACACGUAAGUGUGUGGAGAACUCGCGCCUGGCAGCCGAGGUGUACAAGGACAUGCCCGAGACCAGCUUCACGCGCACCAUUUCCAACCCUGAGGUGGUGAUGAAGCGACGGAGGCAGCAGAAGCUGGAGAAGAGGAUGCAGGAAUUCCGCAGCUCCGACGGGCGGCCUGACUCAGGUGGAACGUUGAGGAUUUACGCAGAUAGUUUAAAGCCAAAUAUUCCCUACAAGACGAUCCUGCUGUCCACUACAGAUCCUGCAGACUUCGCUGUGGCUGAGGCUUUGGAGAAGUAUGGCUUGGAGAAGGAGAACCCUAAGGACUACUGCCUGGCUAGGGUCAUGCUUCCUCCGGGAGCCCAGCAUUCGGACGACAGAGGUGCUCAGGAAAUGGUUCUCGAUGAUGACGAGUGUCCCUUGCAGAUCUUCAGGGAGUGGCCGAGUGACAAGGGGAUACUCGUGUUCCAGCUGAAGAGGAGGCCACCAGACCCCAUCCCGUCAGCCGUGAAGAAGCAGGGGGACGGGAGGCCGCUGAAGGGCAAGGAGCGGGCCGACGGGGCUGGCUACGGCUCGGCCCUGCCGCCCGAGAAGCUGCCCUACCUGGUGGAGUUAAGCCCAGAUGGCUCUGACUCCAGAGACAAGCCGAAGCUCUAUCGCCUGCAGCUGAGCGUGACCGAGGUCGGGACGGACAAGUUCGAGGACAACUCCAUCCAGUUGCUUGGCCCAGGCAUUCAGCCCCAUCACUGUGACCUCACCAACAUGGACGGCGUGGUCACCGUGACGCCGCGGAGCAUGGACGCGGAGACCUACGUGGACGGCCAGCGCAUUUCCGAGACCACCAUGCUGCAGAGUGGCAUGAAGGUGCAGUUCGGGGCGUCGCACGUGUUCAAGUUUGUGGACCCCAGCCAGGACCACGUGCUGGCCAAGAGGUCCGUGGAGGGAGGCCUGAUGAAGGGCGCGAGACACAAGCCUGGCAUGGUUCAGGAGACAACUUUUGAUUUAGGGGGCGACGUGCACAGUGGAGCGGCGUUACCAACAAGCAAGAGCACGGGCAGACUGGACGGCGACAGAGCACCCUCUGCUUCCGGCACGGUGGAGCGAGGCAUGGUGAGACCCAUGCUGCGGCCGGAGCAGCAGGAUCAGCGCCGGCACGAAGGCAGACCUCAGGAGGCUCCUGGGCUGGACCUGCUGCUGCCUGCGAGCAUUGAGUUCAGGGAGAGCUCUGAAGAUUCAUUCUUGUCUGCCAUUAUAAAUUAUACCAAUAGUUCUACAGUCCAUUUCAAGCUGUCGCCUACGUACGUGCUGUACAUGGCCUGCCGGUAUGUACUGUCCAGCCAGUACAGACCUGACGCCAGCCCCGCCGAGCGCACCCACAAAGUCAUUGCCAUCGUCAACAAGAUGGUGAGCAUGAUGGAAGGCGUCAUCCAGGAAGUAGCCCAGGUUGACCAGAAGCAGAAGAACAUCGCGGGGGCGCUGGCCUUCUGGAUGGCAAACGCCUCCGAGCUCCUCAACUUCGUGAAGCAGGACCGGGACCUCAGCCGCAUCACGCUCGACGCCCAGGACGUCCUGGCGCACCUGGUCCAGAUGGCCUUCAAGUACCUGGUCCACUGUCUGCAGUCAGAGCUCAACAACUACAUGCCGGCCUUCCUGGACGACCCCGAGGAGAGCAGCCUGCAGAGGCCCAAGAUAGACGACGUGCUGCACACGCUCACGGGGGCCAUGUCCCUGCUCCGGCGCUGCAGGGUCAACGCCGCGCUCACCAUCCAGCUCUUCUCCCAGCUCUUCCACUUCAUCAACAUGUGGCUGUUCAACAGACUGGUGACUGACCCCGACUCCGGGCUGUGCUCCCACUACUGGGGCGCCAUCAUCCGCCAGCAGCUGGGCCACAUCGAGGCCUGGGCCGAGAAGCAGGGGCUGGAGCUGGCGGCCGAUUGCCACCUGAGUAGGAUUGUGCAGGCCACCACUUUGCUCACCAUGGAUAAGUAUGCCCCUGAAGACGUGCCCAGUGUGAACAGCACCUGCUUUAAGUUAAACUCCCUGCAGCUCCACGCCCUGCUGCAGAACUACCACUGUGCGCCCGACGAGCCUUUCAUCCCAGGGGAUCUCAUCGAGAACGUGGUGGCCGUGGCUGAGAACACGGCCGACGAGCUGGCCCGCAGCGACGGGCGGGACGUGCGGCUGGAGGAGGACCCCGACCUGCAGCUGCCGUUCCUGCUGCCGGAAGACGGCUACUCCUGCGACGUGGUCAGAAACAUCCCCAGCGGGCUGCAGGAGUUCCUGGACCCUCUGUGCCAGAGAGGGUUCUGCAGGCUGAUCCCUCACGCGCGCUCGCCGGGCACGUGGACCAUCUAUUUCGAAGGUGUGGACUACGGAAGUUACCUUGCGCGUGAGAACAUGGAGCUGGCUCAGCCUCUGAGGAAAGAACCGGAAAUCAUCACUGUGACCUUGAAAAAGCAGAAUGGAAUGGGCCUGAGCAUUGUGGCGGCAAAGGGCGCCGGCCAGGACAAACUGGGAAUCUACGUGAAGUCUGUCGUGAAGGGAGGCGCGGCGGACGUGGAUGGACGGUUGGCUGCAGGGGACCAGCUCCUCAGCGUGGAUGGACGAAGCCUCGUCGGACUCUCUCAGGAAAGGGCUGCGGAACUCAUGACGAGGACGAGUUCUGUGGUGACACUUGAAGUGGCAAAGCAAGGUGCCAUCUACCACGGCCUGGCGACCCUCCUCAACCAGCCGUCUCCCUUGAUGCAGAGAAUUUCAGAUCGCCGUGGCUCGGGGAAACCUCGGCCCAAGAGUGAAGGUUUUGAGCUCUAUAACAACUCAGCCCAGAACGGGUCUCCUGAAAGUCCUCCGAUGCCUUGGGUGGAGUACAGUGAGCCAAAGAAGCUGCCUGGUGACGACAGACUGGUGAAGAACAGAGCCGAUCACCGCUCCAGCCCCAACGUUGCAAAUCAGCCGCCCAGCCCUGGAGGAAAAGGCACGUCCGCCUCUGGAGCAGCAGCUAAGAUCACGUCCGUCUCCACGGGGAACCUGUGUGCUGAGGAGCCGCUGCCUGCACCCAGACCCGAGGCCUACCCCAUCCCUACACAGACCUGCACCCGCGAGUACUUCACCUUCCCCGCCUCCAAGUCUCAGGACCGGGCGGCUCCUCCGCACAGCCAGUGGCCGAGCUACGAGGACAAGCCUCACGUGCACACGGACAGUAACCACUGCAGCGUUGCAGUUCAGCGUGUCACUCGCUCCCAGGAGGAGCUUCGGGAAGAUACAGCUUACCAGCUGGAGCGGCACCGGGGGGACUCCGCUCUGGACCAGAAGUCCGACAGCGACGUGUGGCUCAAUCAGAGCUCCUCUGUGGAGUCCAGUACCUCCAGCCAGGAGCACCUGAACCAUUCCUCCAAGUCCGUCACCCCGGCUUCCACGCUGACCAAAAGCGGCCCCGGCCGGUGGAAGACGCCGGCAGCCGUCCCGGCCGCACCGGUGGCCGUCUCCCAGCCCAUUCGGGCAGACCUGCCUCCACCACCCCCGCCGCCUCCUGCCCACUACGCCAGUGAUUUUGAGGGGAUGCCCAUGGACUUGCCUCUCCCACCCCCUCCCUCUGCCGGCCAGGUAGGACCCCAGGCCGCCCAGGUGGCCGCAGCGGAGCGGAAGAAGCGGGAGGAGCACCAGCGGUGGUACGAGAAGGAGAAGGCGCGCCUGGAGGAGGAGCGGGAGAGGAAGCGCAGGGAGCAGGAGCGGAAGCUGGGCCAGAUGCGCGCGCAGCCCCUGGCCCCGGCGCCGCUCGGCCCUCUGCCCGCCGCGCAGGUGAAGCCGGAGAAGCCGUCGUCCCUGCCGCGGCCCCAGGAGACGGUCAUUCGGGAGCUGCAGCCGCAGCAGCAGCCCCGCACGAUCGAGCGCCGGGACCUGCAGUACGUGACCGUCAGCAAGGAGGAGCUGGGCUCCGGGGACAGCCUGUCGCCCGACCCCUGGAAGCGGGACGCCCGGGAGAAGCUGGAGAAGCAGCAGCAGCUGCACAUCGUGGACAUGCUGAGCAAGGAGAUCCAGGAGCUGCAGGCCCGGCCGGACCGCAGCGCCGAGGAGAGCGACCGGCUGCGGAAGCUCAUGCUGGAGUGGCAGUUCCAGAAGAGGCUGCAGGAGUCCAAGCAGAAGGACGAGGACGAGGAGGAGGAGGAGGAGGAGGACGUGGACACCCUGCUGAUCAUGCAGCGCCUGGAGGCCGAGCGGAGAGCCCGGUUGCAGGAUGAGGAGCGCCGGCGGCAGCAGCAGCUGGAGGAGAUGCGGAAGCGAGAGGCGGAAGACCGCGCGCGGCUGGAGGAGGAGCGCAUGAAGCGGGACGCUGAAGAAAAGAGGCGACAGGAGGAAGGGUAUUACAGCCGCCUGGAAGCCGAGAGACGCAGACAGCACGAGGAGGCUGCGCGCAGGCUGCUGGAGCCCGAGGAGCCCGGGCUGAGCCGACCCCCGCUGCCACGGGACUACGAGCCCCCGUGCCCGGCCCCGGCCCUCGGCGCGCCCCCUCCUCCACCCCAGCGGAACACCUCCUACCUCAAAACGCAGGCCCUCUCCCCAGACUCGCUGUUCACGGCCAGGCUUGUCGCCUACAAUGAGGAGGAAGAGACCGAGUCGGACCCCAGCCCAGCAGGACCAAACUCUUACACGGGAUCUACUGGGACGGCUGCCGGAGCCCAGGACGCCUACCGGGAUCCCAGGGAGAAGCGCUCUAAGAGCCACGACGCGGAUUCGCCUGGGGGUGCUGGAGCCCCUGAGAACCUGACGUUCAAAGAGCGCCAGCGCCUCUUCUCACAAGGUCAGGACGUGUCCGACAAAGUCAAGGCUUCCCGGAAACUGACAGAACUGGAAAACGAGCUGAACACCAAGUGAGGGGGCUGUGCGGACGCUGCCUGGCGGGCCGGGGCUGAGUGACAGCGACCCUGUCUGAAGUGGCUGGGAUUUAGGGGCGUUCAGACUCCCAGACGUGUUCUCACUUGACCAAACGAUGAUCGUUCGUGCAGUGUGAGUGCGGACGACCUCCUUUUCUGAGUGGAGGAUCAGGAUCCUGCUGCCGCUCUAGGGUGGGUCCGCCCCCGGCCCACCACCCCCGUAGUCCUCACAGGGGCAUCAGCAGACAAGUCCUGUCCCUCCCCCUCUUCAAAGACCCCCGUGUUAGCCUGCACUACUGGGCUGCGGUUUGCACUGCUCAGCGGCGGCCGUGAGGCCCCUCGGGUUCCAGACUGUUCCAUGCCACUCCUGAUCAGUUCUAAAUAUUUGACUUAAAGAAAUCCUCCUAAAUGGAAAUUUGGGGAUUUAAACUUAGGGGUUUUGUUUUUAGAAGUACCGGAUAGCUGUUAGGUUAAUAAAUUAUGGAUGGAUUUUGAGAGAGCAGUUACAUUAGAGUCCGCCGGGCUUCAGCUCCUCGGGGCCUGUGAAGGGGUCUCCUUUGCUGGACAGUGUCCCUGAGCCCAGGAGCAGGGGCGACACCGACUGCACUGUGCCCCCCAGUCCACGGGCAGACACAGGUGCGAAAGGAGGGCUGAGCCACUGGCGUCUGUGACCGACGUAUUCCACGAGUGACGCGUAGGCAGUUCGAGCUAUUGCUUGCAGUGUAGUAGUUAUUUAAUUCUCAUUUCUCCAGCUGUGGGUAGGUGGCAGGUGCUGGGGAGACGGACCUCAGUUUGUUUGAUGUUGUGUGACGUGAAAAUGGUGAAUUCCCUUGUGGUCGCCAAGCCCCCCGUGAGGCCAGGUGGUUCCCCUGCCGUGCUGUCCUCCCGGACGUGGGUGAGGCAGGUGCGCACUCUGAACAGAAGCCGCUGCUCGUGGGGGUGUGCCAUCGGCUGCUGAAGCAGCAGCGUAAAUACUUCCUAUGCUGUCAGGGUUCUGUCUGAGUGUGCUUCUUUUACCUUCCUUUGUUUAAGGAAGCGCGUGGGGCGCUCCACGUGUUGGUGAGGGGCCAGGGCGAGCAGGCUCCUCCCGGAGGUCUUGAACACUGGCGGCCUGGCCGUGACGCGGCCACACCUGCUCUAGGGAGAGACUGUGCCGCGAUCCAGCAUUCUGUUAGCGUGCAGAAGGACAGCUGCACGGGGGCUCACGGGGGCACACGGCGGCACGGAACACGGGGCAGGCUUGUGUGUGCCACUGGGAGAGUCAGGUCAGAUGUGUGUACGUGUAAAAGUGCUUUCAUAGCGGCGUGCACCCUGGGAAAGCACCGGAACUGCUGUAGUCUGUUUCUACUGUACUUCAGUUACAGCCUAUUUUUAAUAAACUUUUAUGUAUUUAAA